UUUAGCAAUGCUGAUACAUAAGAACAAACGAAGUGGCUCGUUUAUGUAUAUUGUAUCAUUUCACAUAUUAUUGGUAGAAUCGUUUAUCUUACCUUUGGCAAAAUGUACAGCGUCUUUUUUAAUCAAGCUGAGAGAAAAUAAUUCGAAUUGACCAGAAUCUGCUUAUAAGUUGAAAACGUGCUGGGGCUAAAAAAAUCAGGUAUAGAUUUGUCUUUGGAACAAACAUCUCUGAUCCGGCGAGAUGGGGAAUCAGCUGGCUGGAAUUGCUCCAUCGCAGAUUCUUUCAGUGGACAGUUACUUCUCUGACAUACAUGAUUAUGAGUAUGACAAAAGUCUGGGCAGUACAAGGUUUUUCAAAGUGGCCCGGGCCAAACAUCGAGAGGGUUUAGUGGUGGUUAAGGUCUUUGCGAUCCAGGACCCUUCACUGCCCCUGACCAGCUAUAAACAAGAGCUUGAAGAGCUGAAAAUCAGACUGCACUCCUGUCAAAACUGUUUGCCCUUUCAAAAAGCCACACUUACUGAGAAAGCAGCCAUACUCUUUCGCCAAUAUGUCCGCGGUAACUUGUAUGACCGUAUCAGUACACGGCCAUUUCUCAACAAUGUGGAGAAGAAGUGGAUUGCCUUCCAGCUCCUCAAUGCCGUGGAUCAGGCCCAUAAAUCUGGUGUACGUCAUGGCGACAUUAAAACUGAGAAUGUAAUGGUAACAAGCUGGAACUGGGUGUUGCUCACAGAUUUUGCUAGUUUUAAACCCACAUACUUACCUGAGGAUAACCCUGCAGAUUUCAACUACUUCUUCGACACGUCCAGGAGGAGAACGUGCUAUAUUGCUCCAGAGAGAUUUGUGGAUGGCAGCAUGUUUGCCACAGAAAGUGACCACACAACUCCACUUAUGGAUCUCUCCAGCAAUAGCCAAAGAACCAGGGGAGAGCUCAAGCAACCCAUGGAUAUCUUCUCAGCUGGAUGUGUGAUUGCAGAGUUGUUCACAGAAGGGGUUCCACUAUUUGAUCUCUCACAGCUGUUGGCUUACCGCAAAGGACAUUUCCAAACCGAACAAGUUCUGAGGAAAAUUGACGAUUGCAGUAUUAGAGAAUUGGUGGCUCAGAUGGUGCAGCGAGAGCCGGAAAAGCGCCUGACAGCUGAAGAAUACCUCAAACAGCAGCGAGGCAAAGCAUUCCCAGAAAUCUUCUACACCUUCCUGCAGCCCUACAUGGCUCAGUUUGCUAAGGAGACCUUCCAGUCUGCUGACGAAAGGGUGUUGGUGAUCCGUAAGAACCUGGAGAACAUCCUCAAUAACCUGUGCAGUGGCAGUCAGGCAGGGAAAGCUGAAAAACAGGAGAAGGCAUCUCAAGGACUUUGUUCUUCUAAGGAGCAUGGGCUGGUGGUGCUAGUGUCAGUGAUCACAUCCUGUCUGCAGACGCUGCGCUUUUGCGACUCCAAGCUGGCAGCGCUGGAGCUGAUUCUUCAUCUGGCGGGCCGGUUGAACGUGGAGAUCCUGCUGGACAGGAUCACACCAUACUUGCUGCAAUUCUGCAAUGACUCAAUGCCACGCGUCAGGGCUGAGGCUGUGCGCACACUGACUAAAGUGCUAGCGCUGGUCAAGGAGGUUCCUCGGAAUGAUGUCAACAUCUAUCCAGAAUACAUCUUGCCUGGGAUUGCACACCUGGCACAAGAUGACGCCACAAUUGUUAGGCUUGCUUAUGCAGAGAACAUCGCCCACUUGGCUGAGACAGCGCUGCGCUUUCUGGAGCUGGUGCAGGAGAAUAAUUUGAGCUCUGAACAAGACCUGAAUGGAGAAGACACAGAAGAAACUCUUCACCCCAAUGAAAACUAUGAUUCAGAGCUGCAGGCCUUGCAUGAGAUGGUUCAACAGAAGGUGGUGACUCUGCUCAGCGACCCUGAUAAUAUUGUCAAACAGACGCUGAUGGAGAACGGCAUUACUCGCCUUUGCGUGUUCUUUGGCAGACAGAAGGCCAACGAUGUACUUCUCUCACAUAUGAUAACCUUCCUCAAUGACAAGAAUGAUUGGCACCUCCGUGGAGCUUUCUUUGACAGUAUAGUGGGUGUAGCUGCAUAUGUUGGCUGGCAGAGUUCCUCCAUCCUGAAGCCUCUUCUGCAGCAAGGCUUGAGUGAUGCUGAGGAGUUUGUAAUUUACAAAGCUCUCAACGCUCUCACUUGCAUGUGUCAGCUGGGGCUACUGCAGAAACCUCACAUCUACGAGUUUGUCAGUGACAUUGCUCCUUUCUUGUGUCACCCCAAUCUGUGGAUCCGCUAUGGAGCCGUGGGUUUCAUCACUGUGGUCGCUCAGCACCUAAACAUCGCUGACGUUUAUUGCAAACUCAUGCCACAUCUCAACCCGUUCUUCACCCAGCCUAUUAUACAGAUUGAUAAGGAGAUUGUGCUGCUCAGUGUGCUGAAGGAACCAGUAAGUCGCUCUAUCUUUGACUAUGCACUGCGCUCUAAAGACAUUGGGAGCCUCUUCAGACACCUGUUGCUCCGGCAAAAAAAACGCAACGGCUCCAUUCCAGAAUGCCCCAUUCCAGAGGAUCCUGCGAUCGCCCAGCUGCUUAAGAAACUGCUUUCACAGGGAAUGACAGAGACUGAGGAAGACAAGCUCUUGGCUCUAAAAGACUUCAUGCUCAAGUCCAACAAGGCUAAAGCCAACAUUGUAGACCAGAGCCACAUGAAUGAUGGAGCUCACAGUGGAGUCAUUGAUCUCGGUAAUCUGGGCAUCAGUGGACGACGGGUGGACCUGAUCAAACCCAAGCAGGAGUCAGAAGACAAGAGAGCUCGCAAACAAACAAAACAAGACUCCAACUUGAACGAAGAGUGGAAGAGCAUGUUCGGUUCUCUGGACCCUCCCAGUUCAGCACAGACUCCACUGACGGUACCUAAUGUUCCGGCUGGAGAGCGCCUGCAAUCUGAGAGUUCCUCACAGCCUCUUAACCUCCCUCAUGUUCUAUCCUCAGCCCAGGUGCAUGAGGGUGGAGCCGUGCAACCCAAGAAAACCACAGCACUCCCCAAUAUUCAGGUGGUACAGUCUUUAACCGGAGUGUCCACGUACCAGCGGCGCAUCACCACAUGCAAGGCAGAGCUGCAGCAGCUGGUGCAGCAGAAGAGAGAGCAAUGCAAUGCAGAGCGCAUGGCCAAGCAAAUGAUGGAGAGUGCAGAGUGGGAGAGCAGGCCUCCGCUGCCAGGGUGGCAUCCAAAAGGUCUACUGGUGGCCCAUCUCCACGAGCACAAAUCCGCAGUAAACCGAAUUCGAGUGUCCGAUGAGCACUCCGUUUUUGCUACAUGCUCCAACGAUGGAACUGUAAAGAUCUGGGACAGUCAGAAAAUGGAGGGUAAAACAACCACCACAAGGUCCGUGCUGACAUAUUCUCGGAUUGGAGGCCAUGUGAGAACACUGACCUUCUGUCAGGGGUCACAUUACCUUGCUGUUGCAUCAGACAAUGGUUCCAUCCAGCUUCUUGCUGUUGAGGCAAACAAGACACCCAAAUCGCCCAAAGUCCAGCCCUGUCAGACCAGGUUCUUGGAUUUGAAGGAUGAGGGCUGUGCGGUGGACGUACAUCACUUUAACUCGGGGUCACAGACAGUGCUGGCUUAUGCCACUGUGAAUGGCUUCUUGGUGGGUUGGGACCUCCGCAGCAACAGCAAUGCUUGGACCCUCCGCCACGACCUGCGUCUGGGCCUCAUCACUUCCUUUGCUGUGGAUAUGCACCAGUGUUGGCUUUGUGUGGGCACAAGCAAUGGCACAAUGGCUUGCUGGGAUAUGCGGUUCCAGCUACCAAUAUCCAACCACUCCCAUCCAGCCCGAGCCCGAAUCAGACGGUUGCUGAUGCAUCCACUCUACCAGUCAUCUGUAAUUGCAGCUGUCCAAGGCAACAAUGAGGUGUCCAUGUGGGACAUGGAGACAGGGGACAGAAAGUUCACCCUGUGGGCCAGCUCUGCACCCCCGCUUUCAGAGAUGCAGCCAUCUCCUCACAGUGUUCAUGGGAUAUACUGCAGCCCUGCUGAUGGCAACCCACUCUUACUUACAGCUGGAUCUGACAUGAGAAUCAGGUUUUGGGAUCUGGCCUAUCCCGAAAGGUCUUACAUUGUCGCAGGCAGUGCCAAUGACUCUCUUCACUGCCCUUCUGUGUUCUACAAUCGUAAGAUCAUAGAGGGAACAGAAGUAGUGCAGGAGAUUCACAGUAAGCAGAAAAGUGAACCCACAGAGGACACACCUCGCCGUGGCCCAGAAUCCCUCCCGGUGGGUCACCAUGACAUGAUUACUGACAUUGCUACUUUUCAGACCACCCAGGGCUUUAUAGUCACGUCCUCUAGAGAUGGUAUUGUCAAAGUGUGGAAAUGAGUGACAUACUAUGCCAUGAUGGUAGAACACAUUAGUAUGUAUGUCCAAAAAAUGUCAAUGUAAAUUUAAACAUAAUGCCAAUUAAUGUAAUUAAGUCUAAUACUAAAAAAAUCAAGUGCAUAAAACAAUGUAAGCCAACAGUUUGUUUUGUGAAUAGUUUGCUUUGUGUGUUUUGGUGUGCAACUGCUUAAUGUGGAUAUGACGGUCAGUUUAGUGACAAUGCAUAAAACAGGCCGAAACCUGUUUAAAGUGUUUGCAGCUCAUGUUCUCACUGGCGCACAAUACAGUAAAUACAUGUAUUAGUGUUGUUGCUGCACGGCAAAUGUGUAUGUGUAGUUGUGCUUUUGGCUUGAUAUAUGAGUGAGAGACAUCUGAACAAUAGGGAACAUAAUCAUUCAUAUAGUCAUGGAUACUGAAUGAAGAUUAGAUCAGAAAAUGCUUCCGUGGUUCAUUUUGCCUCUCACGAAACGUGACGUGAAUAUGUCCAUGACAUAUUUCAUCCCAAAAUCAAAAGGUGAAAAUAAAGCCUUUUUUAGGACUGUUGAUUGUUAGCAAUGUAUUGACAUUUUAACGUUAAUGUCACUUUUAAAUUCUAGUUCACACAAAAAUGAAAAUUCUCUCAUCAUUUAUUCACCCUCAUGCCAUCCCAGAUAUGUGAAUUUCUUUCUUCAGGAGAACACAAAGAUUUUUAGAAAAAUAUGGGCCUAAAUUGUAUUUAGGUCCAUACAAUGCAAGUAAAUGGUGAUCGAAAAAAUCACAUAAAAGUAAUCCAUAAGUAAUCCAGUGGUUAAAUCAGUAUCUUCACAAUCAGUAUAAUAGGUGUGGGUGAGAAACAGAACCAUAUUUAAGUCAUUCUUUUUACUCUAAAUCUCCACUUUCACUCUCUGAUAUGAAAGUGAAACUAAACAGGCACCACAUGUGAUUUUCAGAUGUAAAAGUGAAGGUGGAGAUUUAGAGUAACACAUUUUGUAUCUGUUUCUCACUCACACUUAUUAUAUUGCUUCUGAAGAUAGGGAUUUAACCACUGGAG